UAACACCGUGAAAAUCCACCGGAAAAUCCCCCGCGACACGGUGCCGUCUGAAAUGUCAUCUCGUCGUGUGACCUUGACUCAGACUGGAUGUGGAAAUCUAUUCAUUGUAAUGCACAUAACAGCGACGGGGCUUCACACAGCCAUUCAUCUCACAUUAUCUUCCUACAGAGGCGGCUCUAUACCAACACAAGAGCAUCGGAUGUGAAUUUGUUGAAUUUGUUUUCCAAUUUCACCAGGAUUCCCUGUAGUAGAAGGAGGCCGUGUUAUAGGGGCGGUGAUACAUCAAUGUCAAACAGACUGUGGCCUUGACGCUGGUUGGGCCUAUAGGUGGAAGAAUUCGUUUUUGACAUCGGUUGUCUUGUAACUGCAAGUCAACCCAACUAUACCAUGUGUCCCAGCUCAUAAUCUGGACUGCUCCUGUUAAUGAAGGACUGAGGGCGCGCAGAUGGAAUAAUAUCCCAAACGAAGCCAGUGUGUAACUGAAAAUACAACAUUAAGGGAAAGGCCUUUCUGAGCUGCUACGUUCAAGUCGAUGAGCAGCACCUUCAGGCCAUCGCGGCUUCAGAUAGAGACGCUCUCCCCUUUCAUAGCACCCUCUUGCAGUUAGACUUCGCUUCACAUUCAGUGACAUCGGAGAGAGAAAAAUGCUGCCUUCAGGGUGUCGUCUCAGCUCGUACUUUUGAGAAUCACUGUCACUUUGUCGUUUUGCUCAGGUUUUAUUUAAUUUUGGUUUGUCAUUACAAAGACUAUUAUCUGUGAUUGAUCUGUAGAUAGUAAUGAAGUGGUGCAGAUUAAUGUGUCAUCUAAGUAUUUCGUUUCCAACGGCACAUCUUUACGGUCAGAGAGGGAAGACCUAGUCAAAUGAGCUGGAGUGGAAAAACUUCACAAAAUCCAGUGGUUCAUGUCUGGACACACUGCCAUCUUACUGAAAUUGCAGAAACCGUUGUAUUUAAUAAUGGUUUUGUACAGCUGAGUAAAGAACGUGGGGCGUGUACAGUAUAUUGAUGCAUGUUCUAAACUUUAUGUAUUCAUGUUAAUGUCUUAUUUAUGCAGAGAAACGGACUGAAGGUUAAACAAAGACAUAAACAAGAAAAUGCUACAUUUGGCUUACAAGAAGGUCAGACAAAAAAUAUAGUAAUAUUAGUCCACAAUAAUGAAAGUCACACUUAAACCGCCAAGUGUCGCUGUGGUUUCCAUUACUCCUCGCUGCAUGUUACACUUUGAUGUAUCAAUUUUAAUAGACAAAUCCAGACCACUAUAGUUAUUUGCAAAAUUGUUCAGUGUUCUUUAAGCCCGAGUUCACUUUUUCCGACAGCACAUGAAAGCAGCACGGGAAUACACCCCCCUACCUCCCCCCACCCUAUUACCGCCCCCUCGUCUGACGUCACACCAACGGCUAUUUGCAUGAAGUGUUUUGUUGCAGCGGCUUCAACUCGCCUGCAGAACGAGUCUCUCCGAGGGGGGAAAGCGAGGGAAGAGACGCAGUGAAAAGAAGAGGAGGACGGCUCUUGUGUUUCACAUCAGAGGAGCGGCAGAGUGGAAGAAAAAACGACCUGAAAGCGAGGAUAAGGUGUCAGAUAUCAAAAGCAGAGGAGGGAGAAAAAAACAGAAAAGCCGCUUCUCUCGUAUCGGAAAAUGGAGCUACCCGCCGCGGGAGAGCACGUCUUUGCGGUGGAGAGCAUCGAGAAGAAGCGCAGCAGAAAGGGGAGGGUUGAGUAUCUGGUCAAGUGGCGAGGAUGGUCUCCAAAAUACAACACGUGGGAACCAGAGGAGAACAUCUUGGACCCGAGACUGCUUGAUGCUUUCCAAGACAGAGAACGUCAAGAGCAGCUGAUGGGAUAUCGCAAGAGAGGACCCAAGCCCAAACACCUCCUGGUUCAGGUCCCUUCAUUUGCCCGGAGAUCCAGUAUUCUUGCAGACCUUCAUGAAGCGUCCCUGGAUGAGGAUAGCUGCCAGAAGUCCAGCCCUAUCCAGAUGCUCCGCCCCCAGGGCCAACAGUACCAGCUGAACAGCAAGAAGCACCACCAGUACCAGCCACUGUGCAGGGAGCGUGAGGCUGAGCAGCAGACCAACGGCAAGAAGUUCUACUAUCAGCUCAACAGCAAAAAGCACCACCACUACCAGCCGGACCUCAAGGCACACGAGCCCAUAUUUGCUAAACCCCGAGACGUCAGAAGCCCAGAGCUGCCCAACAAAGGGUACAAUGUGCCUCCAGUGCUGCAGCAAAAAUGGGUUCGGGACAAAGACUCAGGCUGCCUGACCAAAGUGAAGGAUAUCACUAUGGAGCUGAAGAAACUUCCAGCUGACCUCAACGGUCACAAAGAGCCAGAGAAGGUAAAACCUAAAGAGGAUGCUUUGCCACAGUCUAAUGGUGUUAGCAGCAGUAAGCUAAAGAUAGUGAAGAACAAAAACAAGAAUGGGCGGAUUGUUAUUGUCAUGAGCAAAUACAUGGAAAAUGGAAUGCAGGCGGCUAAAAUAAAAAAUGGUGAUUCUGAAUCUGCUGAAAAGCCGCCGCAAGGAACAGACAGCAGCAUGGAGAACAGCGUCGAAAAGAUGAAACUUGUCAAGAAGCUCGGCCUCAUGAAUGGAUUUGCAAAAAACCCCAAAGACAAAGUAAUCGUUCCAAGUUCUGGAUUUAACAUAGGUCGCCCCAAAGAAAAGGAACAGUCCCCCCAAACGGAGCCAACUGUGAUGGAACAGGAUAAACAUGUCGGGGUCAGGGGUCAGGGGCAGCUUCCAGCGGAUCAGCCUUUACAACUGACAACCAAGCCUAAUCUGCUCUCCCUGCCUUUGGAUAGGGGAGUUCCCUCCUCACCGGACAAAAGAGGAAACCAAGGUGGAUUUCAAGGACUAAAGCGGCACCUCUCAGACACAGACUGUGACGAGCAUGAGAGCAGUAAGAGGUUUUUGAGCUCCAGGAGUAUCAGUGUUCCUAACACAGCAUCUUCACUCAGCCAAAGCAUCGGCACUGACCAAAACGGACACGGGAGUCACGCUGGACCGCAGGUCUGUGGGUAUGCAGACCAAGAGGAGCCCAUUGACUUGAGCAUUGUCAAGUCCAGGCCUAAAGCUGCAGCUUCCACAGCAACCCAGCCUGAAAUAUACACACAGGCUGAAACCGUAACUCACACACAGGGUGAAACGCAAACACAAAUGGGCGCACAAACAGAGACACAGCCCCAGACUGAAACACAGAAAACUGCAGAGAAGGUGAAAGUUGACUCUUUGUUUGUUCCUAACAAUGAAAAGAGAAAAGAGGAGACGUUUCCCUCCUUCCAGCCUUUCCUUGGGAAUAUAGUGAUCACAGACAUUACUACAAACUGCCUCACCGUCACAUUUAAAGAAUACAUAACAGUGUAACAGAGCUGGAUACCAACUGUGUAACUGUAUAGAUGUACAUAAGAUAUAUUUGUAUUUUCGGAUGCUUGAAUGUACAAACAAACCCUUGAUGUUGUUUUCAUUUUGUAUAGUCCAGAUAAAAGAAUUGAUCUUUUAUUGCGGUAUUUGCAUAUUUCUUCUUAUAAGCUCUAUCUGUUGUUAUUUCUGGAGAUUUUAUCACAUGCAGUAUAGAAUUUCAGCUAUUUCAACCUUAGGUUAAGAAGCAAAAUUAGAUCAAAUAAAUGUCGGAACUUUAAUUGAAGAUGCACUUAACUCUUGUAAAUACUCUUCACUUUUCUAUGGAUGUAAUUUGAUUAAUACACUCAACUGUACACAUCUCAGAUAGUGGUUAAAAUGUAGGCUAUAUGGGGAAUUUUGUAAGGAAGAAAGAUUAUAUAGAAUCAUGGUAAACUACACUGUGUCUGUAUGUGUGCAAGAGUGUGUGUGCAUGUGUGUGUGAGCAGAUGGACAGGUUUAAACAAGGAUGCAUGCUGCUUGGACAGAUCAUGCCAUCAGGCAUGCUUAAACAAGCAGAUAAAGAAAAAUGAGGCACCUUUCUGUCAAUAAAUGUGAUUUGUGUUGAAAGGAAAAAGGUGGGUUUUUCUUUAAGAUGAUUAAUGUUUGCUAUAUGCUCCUAUUAUUUGGUCUCUGUUCAAAGUGGUUUUUGAGUCAUGCAUCUCCAGAUCUAAUACUGAGCACAAGUCACUUCCAUUAAGACCGCUGAUAUACAACCCUAUGAUCAUAUUUAUUAUAUGUUUUACAGCAGUGCAGUGACAAUUUUUUUUUCAUUGUAUUGAAUUAUAUCAGUCACAAAUCUGCGUUAACACUGCCGGUUGAGCAGGGUAAUCCAACAGAUUAGCAUCACCAGCUGGGUGCUCUGUGAUUCAUCUUUUUCUCUGUUCUCUGACACCCUGACGUGAAAGCUACAGAGGAGACCGAAUGCAGUUUUCAUAAGAUUAUAGAAAAUAUUUGUGUCAUAUUUUGUGUAAAAUUUGCAACAAAUUGGUCAUUAAAAAUAUGUAAAAGCACAUGUUCUUGUCAUAAUUAGAUCUUUUUCUCACAGUAGGUCAUACAUGUCUCCUUUUUUAAGAAAUCCCCUCCAGCACUGUGUGAUCUGAGGUGCAUUAUUGAACUGCUCUAUGAAAACAGUGAAAGAGAUGCACUUUUGGUGUUUUGUGUGCAGACUAAGAAGUGAAGGCUUCCUAUGAUACGUUUUGCAAUAAUAAAAUUGUUUGCAACUGA